AUGUCCUGCUCUGAGAAGUGCCAGCAGUGCCGGCCCUGUGACCCUUGCUGCCAGCCCUGUGGCCCCUGCCCGCUGGCCAGCAGCUGCACUGAGUGCUGUGUCAGGCAGUGCCAGAGCUCCCACGUCGUCAUUGAGCCGCCUGCUGUGCUGGUGACCCUGCCCGGCCCCAUCCUCAGCUCCUCCCCACAGAACACCGCCGUGGGAUCCUCCACCUCUGCUGCUGUUGGCAACAUCCUCAGCUGUGACGGAGUGCCCAUCAGCUCUGGGGGCUUUGACAUCUCCUGCAUCACCAACUGCUAUGGUGGCAACAGAUGUUGUCGCUCCUGCUAA